GUACUAUUUGGUACUAAAUAUUUCAACCGUGGUUUCACACUGCGUCUAACCUAAGAAAUAUCAAAACAAACGACGCUCCACAAUCGCAACUUCUUAUUUUAUAAAUUUAUUUAAUAAUUACCCAAAAUGUUAGUUGCGCAAACAGGUAUGAACCAAUCCGGUAUACCGGAUAAACUAUGGCAGCCACCGUUUGUCUCAUUUGAAACAACAAUGGGUGAAUUCACAAUAGAAUUAUACUGGAAGCACGCGCCUGUAACCUGCCGCAACUUCGCAGAGCUCGCCCGCCGCGGCUACUACGACAACACAAUCUUCCACCGCAUUAUCCGCGACUUUAUGAUCCAGGGCGGUGAUCCCACCGGCACCGGCAAAGGCGGCGUCUCCAUCUACGGCCAAACAUUCCGCGAUGAAAUCCACCCGGAGUUGAAACACUCCGGCGCCGGUGUUCUCUCCAUGGCGAAUUCAGGCCCUGAUACAAAUGGUUCGCAGUUUUUCAUUACGCUUGCGCCGACGCAAUGGCUCGACAGUAAACACGCCAUCUUCGGACGGAUUCACGCCGGUAUGCAGGUUGUAAAACGCAUCGGAUUGGUCGAAACCGACAAGAAUGAUAAACCCACCGAUGAGGUGCGCAUUAUUAAGGUUCCGAUUGUGUUUGUGAGAUGCCAGCGGCGUCGUUGUGGCUCGGAUCUUGCUCGCUGUAUCGAUUUUUCGCGCGGCUUCCUGUGUUGGAGGCGGCGUUUCCGCGAAUGUGACGUUUGACGCAGCGACGGACGGCGGCA